GUCACGUGAGCGGUGACGUGCGCGCAAAGCGGAAGUGAACGCGGCGGUGUGAUGAGGGAGAAACACACAUGUCAGCGUUAUUAUUAAUUAUCAGAGUUUAAUGAAAUGAUCAGAUGAUCGGGUUUAAUCUCCGUCAGGAUGCCGCUGUUGACUCAGAAUAAGCGAAUAGAGCGCGUCAACUCAACCGCGGAGCUCUUCAGCAAACACCCGCAUCUGAAGGAAAGUGCGCAGCAGUUUGUGUCCAGAAGUCCAGAAGUUGUGGACACUAAACAGCUCCUGUAUGUCCAGCAGCGGGAGUUUGCGGCGACCACACCAGCGGACAAUUCAGUCUCUAUCCUGGGAUCCGAUGACGCCACGACAUGCCACUUAGUCGUGCUUCGACACACAGGCAGCGGAGCGACGUGUCUGGCUCACUGUGAUGGCUCCAGCACAUGGACUGAAGUUCCUCUGAUAGUCAAUGCUGUCACUUCUAGAAGCAAUCCAGCAAAAGAGGGCAGACUGGAGCUGCAUCUGGUCGGUGGUUUUGAUGACGACAGGAGCACCUCGCACUCACUCAGCCUUAGUAUUCUGGCUGCCUUUCAAAAGCAGAAGGAAGAGAUUCAGCUGGAGACGUGCUGCAUCACAGACAUGAAUGACGUCAUCAGAGACGGGAUUCAUCGGCCCGUGGUGUAUGGGAUAGGAGUGAACGUUAAAACGGGUCAGGUGUUUCCAGCUUCGUUCACAUGUCGAGGACCAGCGGAGGAGCUCCGAUCCGCUCGCACCUUCUCUGGUGCACAGAUGGUUGAAGUGUAUGACUCUAGCAGAGAGCUUGUGAAAAUCGACCCGUGCAGAUGGACACCAAACAACGACAUGGCCUUCUGGCUGUCCCAAGAUGAUGAAACCAUCCUACAGUAUUUGUCCACGUCUCCACAUGCAGAACCUCCUCACUUCGUCCAUCACAUCAAAUCCACCAUCCAGUUUCUGCUGGAUCACCCGACUGCAGACGGGCUGUUUCCAGGCGGUCAGCCGCAACUGUACCGCCGCGCUGAGGACGGCCGCUGGAAGAGAGCCUAAACACUGACCUCUGACCUCUGUGACCCACUGUAACCCAACUAAAGGCCUUUGACGUCUGCUGUUUAAAGUAGAAGCUCCUUUACACUGAAACACACUGAGUGAAGCUCAGAUUGAGUGUUUAAAGAGUGACUUCUGCUCAGAGUGAACCGCACCUGCCGGCCCUUACAUAGAAACAAGAGUCUAUGAACUAUUUCUUUUCAUUUUUAUUUCAUAUUUGUUAUGUAUGUCAAUGCAAGUGUGUACAUGGAUCAUAAGAUGUGUUCUUUAUUUUACACUAACUGGAUAUGAUGAUGUUUUUUUCCUAACAUCUUAGCUGCAUCUUAUUUGCUCACUAAACAUUAAUUUUGGAAACUGUAAAUAAAGUUGUGAUCCUUUGACGAGGAAUAAGAGAAUUCAAAUUCUGUUGCCAGUGGAAACAUGGUGUUUUGUUUAUUUAAACCUUUAUAUGAUAAUA